AUGGCACUGAGAGAUACAGAUCGGUUGGUUCAUCGAGGCUUGAAUUUGGGCUCGAGGUUACUUGAGUCUGAUACUGAUGUUUCAGUAUUGGACUUAAACUUACUCGAAAAUCUCAAUACUAAUCAGUCCUUGAACUACAUUAAACUAGAACAAAACCUCAAUACUUUAGAAAAAAAUGCUGAUAAGUAUCAAGAAUUGAACAAAGAAUUCAGAGGAUUCCAAGAGCAAUUGGAUCAGAUGGAGUCUCAGGUCGAAAAAAUUGCAUCAAUUACGAAAGAGUUGGAUACCUGGUCAAAAGAAUUGGAGUCAAAGGCCAAAAACAUCGAAUCCUGA